AUGAAGAACGGACGCCGGCGCGUACCCCUCCUUCUUCUCCUCCUCCUAGCCUCCGUCCUCUCUUGCGAAGCAUCGGUGGCCACCCUUCCUCGUGGAUUGUCUGCUGCAAAGAAUCUCAAGAACGCCGGCUCCCUAGGAGAAGUGGUCGCCGCAUCGGGAGGAGGAAGUGUCGGGAAACCUGUGGGCACCGAGCAUGCUCCUGUCGAUGGAAAAGAUGGAAUGCCGCACGAGGGUCCGUUCGUCGAAACCACCGCAGAGCGUACAAGGAAAAAGACUCAAGCGUCGGGGCUUGACGAUGAUCUCGUGGCAGAUGACUCCCAGUUCAAGAAGACCUACUCAGAACAAUAUUCCGAUGCCGACAUCCCGCUGUCCAAUGACGCGGUCAUGGACGACCGGCUCACUUCCAACCCUGCUGAAGGUACCAGAGGGGUAGAAGGCGGCAUCUCGGAGAAGUCUAAAGAGAGCAAACUCACGGACAAGAGACCCGAUCCUCCCAAGGACGCGAGGCCCCUACCGCACAGCGAGGUGGAACACAUCAAAGAAGCCGAUGGCUCUGAAUUAGCAGCGGCUUUGGAGGAGGAUCCUAAGAAGGUCCUUGCGGCUCCGACAGACCUCCCAGAAAAGCCGUUCGAUAUUCCACACCCUGAGAACCCGUCCUCGCCCAAGGACAGCACGUUUUCUUCAGAAACCGGCACCAAGCCUUCCAAGUUAAAGGAACCAGAGAGUGCCGUGAUACAGCCGAUGCACUCCCUCCUCCUCUCAUUCACCAUGAUCAUCUUCUCCGAGAUUGGAGACAAAACAUUCCUGAUCGCCGCUCUCAUGGCCAUGCGCCACCCUAGAGUGGUGGUAUUUACGGCCGCAUUCUCUGCCCUGAUCACCAUGACCGUCCUCUCGGCAGUUCUGGGCCACGCGGUCCCGACAUUGAUCCCAAAGUCGCUCACCAACUUUGCCGCCGCAGGCUUGUUCCUAGUUUUUGGAGUCAAAAUGCUACUCGAAGCCCGGGGAAUGAGCCCUGACGAGGGUGUUGGCGAAGAAAUGAAGGAGGUCGAAAUGGAGCUGGAAGAGAAGGAACAUCAACAACGGCGAAUGUCCAGACGUCGAUCAUCCAUUUCCCCGUAUGCUCUAGAAGCGGGCCGCGGAGCGAUUGGAAGAAAACACACAAACGGUCGCCUUCCAUCUCCACCCGAAAGCCCGGCGAGCUCUCGGGAGAGUUCUCCUACUCGCGGAUCAAUGUUGAACAAUGUGCUUUCUGGGAUCAACAACCUUUGCUCCUUGCUCCUCAGUCCCGCCUGGGUGCAGACUUUUGUCAUGACCUUCUUGGGUGAGUGGGGUGACCGGUCGCAGAUUGCUACCAUUGCCAUGGCUGCCGGACAGGACUACUGGUGGGUGACCGCUGGUGCACUAGGAGGACAUGGCAUCUGUACUGCUGCAGCGGUGUUGGGGGGCAAGGCGAUUGCUGGAAAAGUCAGCUUAAAAACAGUCACCAUGGGCGGUGCGAUCGCAUUCCUGGUAUUUGGUGUUCUCUACCUGCUCGAGGCGGUGUAUUAA